AUGCCUCCUAGACGCUCAGUUCGAUCAGUUAGCGGCACGGUGACUGCGGCCCCUGCUCCUGCUGCAGUAAGAUCUAGACGCUCUGCUCCUGCUAAAGCAUCUGUUGCGGUGAAAUCAGAAUCCUCCCGUCCAGCGUCUACUUUGGCAAAGCGCUCUUCAGGAACGGCUUUCGGCGACGAGGGCACGAAGGCUGAACCAGCACCGAAGAAAGGGCGCGCAGUCUCGACCUCAAAACCGCCUUCAAAGAGUAAAGGAAGCCAGCCGUCUAAAGGCGUAGAAGAGGAAGAGGAACUUGCAGAGGCAGAGGCGACUGCGGUAGAAGACAGCGGGAGUGAUGGCGAUGAGGGGACUGUGACUAGACCGAACCGCAGGGACAUGAAGAAACCUAGAACUGCAUCGCCUGAAGAUGAGGACGAGGAAGAAGACAACGCGAACGCCAUCCAUGUCGAAGCGCCUCAUACGCCCAAUGCGAAGCAACGUAGAGUACCUUCAACAAAGGUUUCUAUGCCGCACCCCAAAGACGCCGAUAAUCGUGAGGCGAGCUCUCUAUCUGGCGGACGUCCCUCCAGUACCCCGUCGAGAACACCAACAAACACGUCAGAUGAUGAUGAGGAAGAGGAGCAGGAUCUCCUGGCUGCCGCUGCUGCUAUGGCUACGCCAAGGCGACCCACUCUGAUUCCCGCCACUCCGGCUACCGUGCGGUCUUCUCUACUAGACAGGAACGCGCCGACGAUAUUGCAGGAACCUGAACCCAGUGGACCAAAAUCCCGACUCGUGAUUCACAAGAUGGUUCUAAUCAACUUCAAAUCGUAUGCUGGUCGUCAGGAGAUUGGCCCAUUCCACAAGUCAUUUUCGUCCAUCGUGGGGCCCAACGGCUCGGGCAAGUCUAACACCAUUGAUGCGCUUCUGUUCGUAUUCGGAUAUCGUGCGGCCAAGAUGAGGCAGGGCAAAUUAUCCGAACUCAUCCACAAUUCAGCCGACUAUCCAGACUUGGAGUACUGUUCUGUGGAAGUUCACUUUAGAGAUAUCAUUGAUCUGCCUGGGCCCGAUGCUUUCGAAGCCGUUCCUAAUUCGGAGCUCGUCGUAUCUCGAAAGGCUUUCAAGUCGAACUCAUCUACAUACACCAUCAAUGAUCGCAAUUCCAAUUUCACCGAAGUUACUACCUUGUUGAAGGGCCGCGGCAUCGAUCUGGAUCACAAGCGUUUCCUCAUUCUUCAGGGCGAAGUGGAGUCAAUCGCUCAGAUGAAGCCGAAAGCGCCGACUGAACACGAAGACGGUCUCCUUGAGUACCUUGAAGAUAUCAUUGGCACCGCGAAGUAUAAACAAGCUAUCGAAGAGUCCCUAGCAGAAGUGGAUCGCUUGAAUGAAGAACGAGGGGACAAACUCAACCGUCUACGUAUCGUGGAGCGGGAGAAAGCGAGUCUGGAGGAGAAGAAGAAAGAAGCUGAGGCGUAUCUGAAAGAUCAGAACGAGCUGACGCUCGCCCAAGCAUUGCUCUGGCAAUUCUAUAUGUGGCAGCUCCGGGCCAAUAUGGAAAUCACAGGCAAGAAUAUUGAUCUGUUGGAGCGAAAGCUUAAGGACGAAACCGAACGCCAUCAGGAGCAGAUUAAGGACACUGAAAAGCUGCAAACUGCAUACGAUGAGCGGUUGAAGGCUUUCGAGAUCGUCAAGAAAGAGACCGAUAAGUUGGUGAAGGAGCUGGGCACGCAUGAAAAGGAAGAGAUUCAGUUCCAGGAGAAGAAGAAGCAUCUCGGCACUAAGGCUAAAAAACUGAACAAAUCGCUGGCAGAUGAUCAAGCGGCCAAAUCAACCGCAGACGCACUUGUGCGAGACAAGGCCGAUGAAAUCAAAAGGGUUCGUAAAGAGAUCGAUGAACAAGAAACUAUGCUAGUGAAAGAGGAAGCGGAGCUCGAAAACAUCGCUGAGGGACUGAGAGGCAAGACCGAGGUGUUCAACACUCAGAUCCAGGUAAAGCAGAAGGAACUCGAACCUUGGAUGACCCAAGUUCGCAAAAUUCAGUCUGACAUCGAUGUUGCUACAAAUGAGAAGAUGUUACUAGAAGAGAAAGCCGCAUCCGUGGAUAAAGGUGUCGAUCAGGCCAUGGCUGCCGUAGAAACCAUGAAGGAAGAGCUGAAAGGUAAAGAGGAGAAACUUCGGCAGCUUCAUAAGGAGAAGCAGGACCUUGAGGGCCAGUCCAGAGAUGGCAAAUCGAGAUUGAAGGUCAUACAGGACGAGGUUGAUAAGAUGAAAACGAAGGUCAAGAAUCUCCGCGAACGCUCUGACGAGGCUCGAGCCUCCCUGUCUGCAACUCGUUCGGAAGAUGCUGUCUUGGAAAGCCUGACCAAGCUUCGAGAUACGGGGCGCAUCAAAGGCUUCCAUGGACGGUUAGGAAACCUUGGUACCAUUGCUGACAAGUACGACGUCGCUGUGUCUACCGCUUGCACCUCUCUGAACAACCUGGUGGUCGACACGGUUGAACAAGGCCAAGCUUGCAUAGACUAUCUUCGCAAGCACAACAUUGGUCGCGCCUCGAUCAUUGUGUUGGAGAAGUUACCUGCUAGAAAUCUUGAUCCAAUUGACACACCCGAAGGCGUGCCUCGCCUCUUCGAUCUCAUCAAACCGAAAGACCCGAAGUUCGCUCCUGCGUUUUACAAGGGCCUGUUCAACACCCUUGUAGCAAACGAUCUCGAACAAGCGAAUCGCAUUGCUUUCGGCGCGAAAAGAUGGCGUGUGGUCACACUGGCUGGUCAACUGAUUGACACCUCCGGGACAAUGUCUGGAGGAGGAAACAGAGUCGCUAAGGGCGGGAUGAGCUCGAAACUUGCAGCUGACCGUGUAGAACCUUCAGUCGUGGCACGAUAUGAGAAGGAAACCGCCGAUGCAGAGGAACGGGCGCAGAGGCAGCAGGCGGAACUACGACAAGCAGAGACGCAAACAGAGCUAGUUCAGAAGAGCAUUCCCAAAGUGGACAUGGCCAUGUCAAAAGUUCAGCUAGAUAUCAAAGGCUUCGAGACUCGCCUAGAUGAGGCACAAAAGCGGGCAAAGGAGCUUCAACUACAAAACAAGCCGGAUGCCAACGAUGCUAAACGCGUCAAGACGCUUGAUGCAGACAUUGCUAGCUAUGCUAAGGACCUUGAAAAAGUGAAGAAGAAGUCCGACGCCAUCGAGUCCGACAUUCGUGAUCUGCAGGAGAAGAUCCUGGAAGUGGGAGGUGUAAAAUUGCGGUCGCAACAGUCCAAAGUGGACGGAAUCAAGCAGUUGAUUGAUCUAGCCAACGAGCGCAUGAACAAGGCGGAAGUCACUCAGGCCAAAGCCACGAAAGACAGUGCGAAGUUGGAGAAGUCCAUUGAGACCCACACCAAACAUCUUGAUGACGUGCAAGUAGAAGUAGAAGCACUAGAAGCCGAUUAUGCAAGCUCUGCCUCCGAUCUCCAGGUGAUCCGGGAAAAUGUGACGAAGGCUGAGGCUGCACUUGAUAUAGCGAAGGAUCAGUUGGAGGAGAUGAAGUCCGAUCUGGACGAAAAGACUUCCUACAUCAAGCAGUUCCGUGCGCUAGAGAUGGAACUCAAACAAAAGCUUGAUGAAGCAGGAAAAUCUUUGGAAGAUUCGAAGCGCAAGUUGGAUCAUUGGAAAGGCAGACACGAGGAGCUUCUGCUUGAAUAUGUUGAUGACGAUGAGGACGACACGCCGCCUGAAAGAGAAAAGGAGUCUGCUUCCGAUGCCGCCGAAUCCGCAAACACGAAGCCUGUUCCCGAGCAAAUAAAUGAAGAGGAAGUGGGUGCUAAGCCCGAAAAGCAUAUCCAUCGAGAGAAGCAGCGUCAUGGGAAUGAAAUUCCUAUCUAUUCCGAUGAUGAGUUGCAGGGCUCUAGCCGUGACCAGCUAAUCGCUCAAGUCUCUCUCCUUGAAGAACGAGUGCAGAAUCCACCAAAUAUGAGUGUACUGGCGGAGUACCGCAAACGGGAAGCAAAUUUCCUCGAGCGCGCACAAGACCUAGAACGAGUCACUGCAUUGCGCGAUGCUGAGAAGCGACGACAUGACGAGCUGCGUAAGACCCGUCUGGAAGAGUUCAUGGCCGGCUUCAGUGUCAUUACCUCCAAGCUCAAGGAGAUGUACCAGAUGAUCACCCUUGGUGGCAACGCAGAGCUUGAGCUUGUUGACAGCAUGGAUCCGUUCUCCGAAGGCAUCAACUUCAGCGUCAUGCCACCGAAGAAAAGUUGGAAGAACAUAUCCAACCUAUCGGGCGGUGAAAAGACGUUGAGCUCUCUCGCUCUUGUAUUCGCUCUGCACGUUUUUAAGCCAACGCCGUUGUACUUCAUGGACGAGAUUGACGCAGCCCUUGAUUUCAGGAACGUCUCGAUCAUUGCAAACUACAUCAAGGAUCGGACUAAGAAUGCGCAAUUCAUCAUUAUCUCUUUGCGAAACGACAUGUUUGAACUGAGUCAUCGCCUCAUUGGCAUCUAUAAGACAGUGAACGCGACCAAGAGUAUUGCGAUCAACAAUCACGCGUUGACUGUUGGGGCCUGAGACGCUCUUCUGUACUACUUU